UUGUCCCUACGUGCACGAGAGAGAUGGCACUGGAGUGGUCAUCAAUAUUAUGUUAUACGUAAAGUCGGGUCAUUUUUUUAUUGUCAACGUUACGGUUUGAACAGGGCACUUGGCCCUUCCCACCAUAACAUGACAGUGAAUAGCUCAGUUCACAAGGAAAAAUUCCAUCGGGUCCAAACCAAUCAUGCAAAUCUGAUAGGUGCAUAUGGUUCGUCAUUCUCUCUCUCUCUCUCUCUCUCUCUCUCUCUCUCGCGAGAGUUCUCAGUUUGGCUGAAUUCACUGUCUGAUCAGAGUCUGUUUUUCUAUCUUUCUAGUUUCUGAUUUUGCUGUUCUUUGUUAGUGUUGUGGUUUGGAUUUGGCGUGAUGCUUGUUCCAGGCUUCUCCCUUCUCUCUUUUUGUAGUCUUGGUGGUAUAUUAUCCUUGUGAUGAUUUUGCCUCUGGUAUUUGCUUUUGUUUGGUGGUUGGUUUUGCCUCUGUUGUUUGUUGGCGGUUGGUCGGAGCUCGUCGUCAUCUCCGAUGGUUGGGUGUUCUUGGUUGGUGUGGCUUUGGAUUUGGCGUGUAUUGUGUGGUGGGCUGAUUUCUGGUGGGCCCAGUUUGGUCAAUUCACUGUGGGGCUUGUUCAUGUGGGCUUCGGUCAGACUCUGCAGGUAACAUUCCUCUUGGUGCUCAGAUUAGCGAUUCGGUUAACUCGGAAUCAUCUCCGUCGUAGUCUUUUGCUACGCUGCUGGCUCUUUUGGUUGGUGAUGUUCAACCUAGGGGUGACACGUCUAACUAAUCUGUUGCUUGUGCAGUUUUUCUAAGGCUGUGGUUCUUUUGUACCUUUGGUUGUUUGUUCUUUUUGUUGGUUGUUUUGUUGUUCAGUGCUUAUAGAUGUCGUAGGGCAUUCUGUUGCCAGGGAAAAAAAAAAUGGUUAGAAUA